AUGCAAGAUCAGGAAAUCAUUCUCGACUCGUCAUCAGAAGAAUCGAUUGUGGGAGAGCAGGCCAAAAAACUGUUCGAAAUAUGCGACAAGGAUGAUAAAGGCUAUAUAGACAAGAGUGAUCUGAAUGGUCUUAAUGAGUUUGUCUCACUCUACGAUAUCCAAGAAAUCCAAAAGAAAGUCGAAGAAUCUAAUGAGAAACAGAUUACCAAAGAACAGUUCACACAAAUCAUUAGUGAGUAUUUACUUGUUUGA